UAACCAAUUGUGAAGUUGAAAGGACAGAGAAAUUUAGUUAAAGGAGUAGAAUAUGGCGACAGUUUCAAUGGCCUUUUCUCUUCCCGCUCUCAACUCUCGUAAUCUACGGCGAGUCAAACGAAACUCUGGUAUGGCAUUCGCGACUGUAAGCAAGGAAACUACUGCUUUAGGAGUUAAAAUUACGGAAGGUGAAGGCAAUUUGCCCAAGGUUGUGCUCACUUCUGCUGGCGGUAGUGAAGCUGAGUUAUAUUUAUUUGGAGGUUGCGUUACAUCUUGGAAGGCCUCUAAUGGCAAAGACCUCCUUUUUGUUAGGCCUGAUGCUGUUUUUAAUAAGAAGAAGCCUAUCAGUGGAGGAAUUCCACAUUGCUUCCCGCAGUUUGGACCUGGCCCAAUGCAACAGCAUGGAUUUGCACGGAAUAUGGAUUGGUCCAUUGUUGAUUCUGAAAAUGUGGAAGGAAAUCCUAUUAUAACUCUUGAGUUAAAAGAUGGCCCUUACAGUCGUGCCAUGUGGGAUUUCAGUUUCCAUGCUUUAUACAAGGUUAUUCUAAAUACCAAGAGUAUUUCCACAGAGUUGACUAUUAAAAAUACAGACAAUAAGCCAUUUUCAUUUAAUACUGCUUUGCAUACAUACUUCAGUGCUUCUGUAACUGGUGCAUCUGUGAAAGGUUUGAAAGGUUGCAAAACCUUGAAUAAAGAUCCAGAUCCUGCCAAUCCAUUGGAGGGAAAGGAAGAAAGGGAUGUCAUCACUUUUCCCGGAUUUGUAGAUUGCAUUUACCUUGAUGCCCCCAACGAAGUGCACCUUGAUAAUGGCUUGGGUGACACAAUAUCUAUCGGCAAUACCAAUUGGUCAGAUGCUGUUUUGUGGAACCCACAUCUGCAGAUGGAAGCAUGCUACAAAGAUUUUGUUUGUGUUGAAAAUGCUAAGAUUGGAAAUGUCCAGCUAGAACCUGAACGAUCUUGGACAGCUAAGCAGCAUCUCAGCAUCAGCUAAAAGAUGGCUGUGUGCAGUUUUGCAAAGUUCAUAGGAGGAGUUCCUCUUGACUUUAAUUUUGUUUCUUCAGUUUGCAGCGAUGUGAAUCAGAAAUUGGGCGCAUAUAGAGCCAUUAAUAAUGUCAUUUCAAGUUAAAUGUAUCCACAUUGUCCGCAUGAUGAAUCUAUUAAAUUUUGCAUUCA